GUUUAGCUCGUGUUGGCCACAUCCCUGCAGAACGGGCCCUGCAGGCUGCACAGCAGAGUCACAGCUGCCUCUUCCAGUGAGUUUGUACCGAGAAGUGCUGGGAGCCCUGGCUGGCAGGAGGCUGAGCUUCUCAAACUUCUCAUGCACGUUUUUAUGUGCAACUUUCUGACUGAAGUUCAACUCAGAAUACAGCGAAUAAUUCAAUUGCAUCUCUGCCGCUGGGUUAUAUAAGAGAAAGCUGAAAUCGCGCCUUGUUUCGUAAGCUCGCUGAGGAGACCGGAGCAGCUGGACCAGGCCGCGGGCCAGCGGGCAGCACCGCCCUCCCUCGCACAGACCGCAGCCAGCUCCCAGAGCCCCCGGGACAUGCGGGGCCGGGGCCAGCCGGGACCGGCGGCAGAGGGGCCGCGGAGGACGCUGCAGGUGGACGCCAGGAGCCAGGGCUCGGGGAGGUCUCCCUCGGUGUCACCGGAGCGAGGCAGCACCCCUACCUCUCCCUACUCCGUCCCGCAGAUCGCCCCCCUCCCCAGCAGCACCCUCUGCCCCAUCUGCAAGACCACAGAGCUCACCUCCUCCCCCGGCCAGCCGAACUUCAAUGCCUGCACUCAGUGUCACAGCAAGGUCUGCAACCAGUGUGGCUUCAACCCCAACCCGCACCUCACCCAGGUGAAGGAAUGGCUGUGCUUGAACUGCCAGAUGCAGCGGGCGCUGGGGAUGGACAUGACCACCGCUCCUCGCUCCAAGAGCCAGCAGCAGCUGCACUCCCCUUCACCAUCCCCCUCCCAGUCCCCAGCCAAGCACCCGCAACCCCCGGCUGCAGAUAAGACCCCGCCAGCCCCCCGGCCCCUGCCACAAGAGCAACCCAAACCUCAGCCCACAACGCCGCAGAGGGAACCGCACGGCCAAGGACAGCCAAAACCUCAGGAGGCGGCCAGGUCCUCCCCGCAGCAUCAGGCCAGGCCCUCCCCGCAGCAUCAGCAAGCCAAGCCUUCCCCCUCUGAGCAGAGAAAGACGCCAGGAGAUGCAGGGGCAAAGCCUGCUGCCCCGGGCCCGGGGGCUGGAGCACCAGAGCAGCCCCAGGAGGGGCUCACAGGGAAGCUCUUCGGCUUCGGGGCAUCCCUCCUCACCCAGGCCAGCACGCUCAUGUCUGUCCAGCCAGAGGCCCCUGCUCCGAGCCAGCCGUCUCCUGGCAAAGUGCCUCCAAAAAUUGUCUUCAGCGACGCCAGCAAAGAGGCUGGGCCCAAAGCCCCGGGGGCGCAGGGCCAGGCUGGUGCGGCGGCGGCGGCGAAGCCGGGCAAGCCGGAGCAGGGUGUCAAGCCAAAGGAAGUGCCGAAAGCAAGGGUCUCGUGCCCCCUCUGCAAGGCGGAGAUCAACGUGGGCUCCAGUGAGCCCCCCAACUACAACAGCUGCACCACCUGCCGGCAGCAGGUCUGCAACAUGUGCGGCUUCAACCCCACGCCUCACCUCGUGGAGAAGAACGAAUGGCUGUGCUUGAACUGCCAAACUCAGCGGCUGCUCGAAGGGAGCCUCGGCGACCCUGCCCCGAUGCCACUGCCCACCCCAAAGCCGCCGUCCAGCGGCUCCCCGCGGCACCAGCCGCAGCGAGCGCCCACGCCGGCACCCGUGGCCACUGAGCCGGCGCCCCCCGAGCAGCAGCCCUCACCCGCCAGGAGCCUCCGGGCUGCCGAGCAGAGCAGGGCCCCGAGCCCCGCCCCGGCGGAGAAGAAGCCGCCACCGCCAGCAGAAAAGAAGCCCCCGGUGCCGGCAGAGGAAAAGCCCCUGCCCAAAGCUGCCCCGGAGCCUUCCAGAGCUCCUGAGAGCGUCGCUGCAAAGGGGAAGAGCGUGACCCCCAAAGCAGAGGUGGAGAGAAAGGAGAGCCAGGCACUCCCCGAGGCGCCGCGGGCAAAGGAGCAGGAGGACGGCAGCAAGCCUUACCCCCCAGACCUGUCCCGCAGCCCCCAGAGCCUCAGCGACACCGGCUACUCCUCCGACGGCAUCUCCAGCUCGCAGAGCGAGAUCACCGGCCUGGUGCAGCAGGAAGAGGAGAAGCUGAGCAGCACCGGGCUGGCUGGGCAGAGCCCCCCCAGCCCCUCUGAGCUCACCAAGUUGGAGAGCAGCAUGCGGCCUCUCCUGGAAGGCCGGGGAGCACCGACACAGUCCCCUGAGCGCAGCAAGAGCCGCACAGAGCCACAGGAGGACCAGCGGCAACAGCAGCGGCCACGGUACCUCUCCAUCACCCCUGAAGCCUUUGACUCAGAUGAGGAGCUGGAGGACAUCCUGGAGGAAGAUGAGGAGUGGGAGAACCAGCGGGAGCGUCGGGAGAGUGCAGAGUCCUCAGAUGAGUUUGGCAGCAAGCUGCGGCAUGACUAUGUGGAGGACAGCAGCGAGGGGGGCUUCUCCCCAGUGCCCCCCCGGAGCAAGGGCCAGGAGGCAGAGGUGACAGAUGAGGAGUUCAUGCGGAGACAGAUCCUGGAGAUGAGUGCUGAGGAGGACAACCUCGAGGAGGAGGAGGAAGGCUAUGGGCGCACCAAGUACAGCAUCCCCAAAGCUGGGCAGAAGACUGAAGCAGAGAAGGGCAAAGAGCCAGCGUCGGCCAAGCGGCGCCUGCCGCAUGGUGCCAGCAGCAUGUACACAGAGGAGAGCAAAGAGGUGGAGGCAGUGGAGGGUGAUGACUUGAGCACGGCCCAGGGUGGGCUGCGGCGAUUCAAGACCAUCGAGCUGAACAGCACAACUGGCUACGGCCGGGAGAUGGAGAUUGGCCAGGAGCCAGAUGCCAGUGUGGACCGGGAGCCCGAGCUGGAGAUGGAGAGCCUGACAGGCUCCCCUGAGGAGCGCUCACGGGGCGAGUACUCCUCCACCCUGCCAGCCACAACGCCCAGCUACACCUCGGGCACCUCACCCACCUCCAUCUCCUCGCUGGAGGAGGAUAGCGACAGCAGCCCCAGCCGCCGGCAGCGGCUGGAGGAGGUGAAGCAGCAGAGGAAGGCUCGGCAUCGCUCACAUGGCCCCUUGCUGCCCACCAUUGAGGAUUCAUCUGAGGAGGAGGAGAUGCGGGAGGAAGAGGAGCUCCUGCGGGAGCAGGAGAAGAUGCGGGAGGUGGAGCAGCAGCGCAUCCGGAGCACAGCGCGCAAGACCAAGCGUGACAAGGAGGAGCUGAGGGCCCAGCGGAGGAGGGAGCGCUCCAAAACCCCCCCCAGCAAUCUCUCCCCCAUCGAGGAUGCCUCCCCCACAGAGGAGCUGAGACAGGCGGCAGAGAUGGAGGAGCUGCACCGCUCCUCCUGCUCUGAGUACUCGCCUUCCAUUGACUCAGAAGCAGAGAGCUUUGAUGCUGUGACCUCCAAGCUGUACAAGUCUGGCAGCGAAUACAACCUGCCCACUUUCAUGUCACUGUACUCCCCAACAGAGAAGGUGGAGAGUGCUGCCAGCCAGCCCAUCAGCAAGCCCCUGAAAAGCGCCGAGGAAGCCUAUGAGGAGAUGAUGCGGAAGGCAGAGAUGAUGCAGAAGCAGCAGGUCCAGCAGGCCCAGCCUGCCUCUUCCUACAGCAGCACCUACCAGCAGCUUGGCUACCGCAGUACUGAGGCCCAGAACGGCUUUGACUACCAGUAUGGCGAGGAAUACCAGUACGACGGCGGCCUCACGCGCCCCUCCCAGCCCGACUAUUCCAGUGCCCUGCCGAAGGCAGGAGCGGUGUACGAGGAGAUCCUGCAGACCUCACAGAGCAUCUCCAGGAUGCACCAGUCCUCUUCCUUUGACCUGGCCCUCAAGCAGGGGGAGAAGGUGAAGGGGCAGGAGGAGGCAUACCAGGAGAAGCGCUUCCUCAAUGCAGAGAGCGCCUACGCUGACCUGCUGAAGCAGAACGGUGGCCCACUCACCCCUGGCACAAGCCCCACACAGCUCUCUGCUCCCGUCUCCUUCGCCAGCUCCGAUAGCAGCACUGGCAAGACUAUUCCUGAUGUCCGGGUCACUCAGCAUUUUGCAAAAGAGGGACAAGACCUAGGCAAGCUCCAGAGUGCCCCGGCAGCACCCAGCCCAGUAUCCAAGGCGACUACCACUCCUUAUGCUUACAGCAAAGGCACCAGCACGGUGACAACAGCAGCAGGCAGCCCUGGGAGCGCACUGCAGAGCUACAGCUCACCAAGUCCCGAGGCCCCAUCCAUAGCCGGGAGAAGCUACACUCCAUCAAAGAGCACUGUCAGCUAUGGCUCACAGACCGAGGAUACCACCAGAACCAGGACGGUGGAGAUUAGCGUGCAGACAGCCAGGGAGAAGAUCCCAGCCGUGAGUGACAGCAAGCCCACACUGCCCAAGACAUACACCUUCUUCAAGAGUUCCAGCCCUCCGCUCUCACCCACCUCACCCACACAGAGUCCCACCCGCACCACAAAGGCCACAGCAGAGUUUUCCACACAGACACAGAGCCCAGUCCUCUCCUAUGAUGGUCCUUCUGCUGCUGCUGGCCCGGACACCUCUUCCCCCAUGGUGGCGCAGGGGACGCAGACGCCGCACCGGGCGGGCUCGCCACGCCUGACUCGGCAGGCCUCCUCACAGGACUCCCCCUUCAUGGUGAUCACACUGGCAGCCGAUGCAGCCAGCCAAACCAAGCCAGUCAGCUCUGGUGCUUUGACGUCUCCCACUUCAUCCCCCACCAGGCCAAGCCGGCAGCUGCUGGCACAUGGUUACACACAGACACCGGAGCCAGAGCAGCCGACCGGUGCCUACAUCAGGGCACAGCCACUGAAGGACCACGCCCAGAAAGCACCUGCCGUGACUUCAGCUGCUGAUGGCAUCACAGGACUGUACAGCUGGGGAGCACUCCCUGCAGAAAACAUCUCCCUCUGCCGCAUCUCCUCCAUCCCCGGCACGUCCCGGGUGGAACCAGGGCCCAAGGUGCCAAGCAGCAAUGCUGUGGACUUACGGACUGCAUUGAAGUCUGCCCCCAUCAUCAUAACAGACCAAGGCAUGGAUCUGACCUCCUUGGCCACCGAGGCCAGAAAGUACUGCCUGACCCUGGACCACAUCCCCAACCGGCAGUCCACAGCCAUCCAGCCCUUGAUCAUCAACCUCAAUGCCCAGGAGCAGCCCCACGCCAUCAUCGCAGCAGCAGCCACCACUGCCAGCCUGGCCAUCGCCUCUCCCAUGAUUCUCUCGCAGUCCAAGCAACCCAUGGUCUAUGGAGACCCUUUCCAGAGCCGUGUGGAUUUUGGGCAGGGGACCGGGAGCCCAGUGUGCUUGGCACAGGUGAAGCAGGUGGAGCAGGGUGUCCAGACAGCCACUGUCAGAGCCAGCGCGGUGGCCAGUGGCAAGCCCGAGCCCACCGCUGCCCCCCAGACCAAAUUCGCAAGGUACGGCAUGCCAGGCCAGAUGGUGAAGAAGGACGUGCUCCUCACACAGACCGCUGGGGCACAGAAUGCCAGUGGCCUCCCACAGUCCUUCCCACCAGAGCCAGGAUCGGAGGUGUACCGGGCAGUGCCAGUAGAGCUGAAGAGCCAGAGUCCUCUCCUUGCCCUGGGUGGCAAGAAAUCCCAGGUGAUGAUGGUGCAGAUGGAGGAGGCAGCAACUGGCCCGGUGACCAAAGUGCUGAAGGAGGAGGGGCCAGCCAACGUUCUGGACCUCACGGGCGUGAAGCCAGAAAGCCAGGUAGCCUGCUGUGACAUGGUCUACAAGUUCCCCUUUGGUGGCAGCUGUACGGGUGCUUUCAACCCCACCUCCAAGAUGCCAGAGAAGAAAACUGGGGAGGCGGCAGUGAUGCCUGGUCGGAAAGCUGGUGGACCAAUGUAUGGCAGCAGAGAGCCAGAGCUGCCAGAGACCUUCCCUUACCGGGAGCAGCCGGCCCCGGCACCUGCACUCUACGAGGAGCAGAAAUUUUACCCAGCCAGCGCCUUUGGACGACUCUACUCCUCCAUGUCAGACACAAACCUCUCUGAAAUCGGGAUGAGCUACUACCACACAAAGGGGGAUCAGCCCUUCCCUGCCCCAGCAGGUGAUGCCGCUGUGGACCUCAGCACCAUGAAGCACUCCUACAGCGUGGGCUUUGCCGAGGGGGGUUACCUCGGCCAGGGGCCACAGUAUGGCUCUUUUUCUGACCUCCGCCAACCAGGAGAGCUGCUGAGCCACCCCUUCCCCAUGCGGAGGUACAGCUCAGCCUCCAACAUCUACUCUGACUACCGUUUCUCACACCGGGGGGACCUGGCCAGCUUCCAGGAGUCCAGCCUGGCCCACUACAGUGCCACCACGGCACGUGAGAUCAGCCGCAUGUGUGCUGCCCUCAACUCCAUGGACCAGUACGGGGGCCGGCAUGCCAACGGCCCUGAUGUGCUACCUUAUGGCCCCAGCACCGGGCAGGGAGCCACAGGGGGCCUGGCAGCUCAGCAGCAGGGCCCUGUACCCCCCAAACCCAGUGGGAUGUACAACCCCACCUUCCCUGAGGGACGGCAGGGCUUCAGCAACCUGGCACAGUACAACGUUCCUGGUGUCCGCCUGGGCGCCAUCCGGCAAAUGCUUCCUUCCACUGCAACCGUGCGGGCCGCCGAUGGCAUGAUCUACUCCACCAUCAACACCCCCAUCGCCUCCACACUGCCCAUCACCACCCAGCCGGCCUCCGUGCUGCGGCCCAUGCUGCGUGGGCUGUACAGACCCUACGGCCCAGGUGGGGUGGCAGCAGUCCCACUGGCCAGCUUGGCCAGGCUGCCGGUUGUCACUCCCCGUGUCCCGCUUGCAGCACAGGGCCUCUACCGCUUCCCAGCCCCAAGCCGGCCAGCCCCAGCAGCCUCGAUGAUGGAGACACCCGUCUACCUGGGGAAGCCCGUCGCCAGCACAGCACCGGCAGCGGUGGGAGCUGCUCCUGCUGCCAAAGCACCUGCUGCUCCCGCCGCACCUGCCAGUGGCUUGCAGAGAGCAGAGCCACCAACAGCUGCCCCCCGUGCAGAGGCACCAGCAGCACCAGCAGCCCCCAAGGAGAGCGGGCCAGUGGCCACAGUGCCCAAGCCACCACUGGAUGGAGCUCAGCGAGAGGAGAGGGAGCGGGAAGAGGAGCGUCAGCGCAAGCAGCAGGAGCACGUGCUGCAGCUGGAGCGGGAGCGUGUGGAGCUGGAGAAGCUGCGGCAGCUGCGGCUGCAGGAGGAGCUGGAGCGGGAGCGCGCCGAGCUGCAGCGGCACCGGGAGAAGGAGCAGCUGCUGGUGCAGCGGGAGCUGCAGGAGCUGCAAUGCAUCAAGCAGCAGGUGCUGCAGCAGCAGCAGGAGGAGCGGCACGCGCAGCUGGCGCUGCAACGGGAGCAGCUCGCCCAGCAGCGCCUCCAGCUCGAGCACAUCCACCAGCUCCAGCACCAGCUGCAGCAGCAGCUGGAGGAGCAGAAGCGGCAGAAGACCAUCUUCCCCACUCCCGCGGAGCCCACUGCCCGCCCGCCCGAGGGCCCCGCUGAGGCGCCGCGGGUGCUGCCACACAAUGGGCAGGCAUGGCCCCCACCGGGCCAGACACCCCCAGAGGGGCCUGCCGGUCCCCGCUACCCCAUGCCACAGCGGCCGCUCAGCAGCUCAGCCUCAGACAUGUCACUUCAAGUCGAGGAUUCCUGGGAGCCUGGCCGGGGCAUCAAGAAGAGGAACUCUAUGCCACGGCUGAGGGAUGCCUACGAGAAGGAGACCUUUGCAGCGCGGAAGAUGGCUGACAGCAGUGUGCAGACAGAUGAGGAGGACGGCGAGGAGCGGUUCAUGCUGUCGCGGCGGCGGCGGACGCGGCGCAGCGCUGACUGCAGCGUGCAGACGGACGAGGAGGACAGCGGGGAGUGGGAGCAGCCCGUGCGCCGCCGGCGCUCCAGGGCCUCGCGGCACACUGAGGCCAGCACCGAGGGCAAGACGGAUGGGGCAACCCGCACAGCCAGCGUGGGUAUCCAGACCAUCAGCGACUGCUCCGUGCAGACAGAACCUGACCAGCUCCUCCGCGUCUCCCCCUCCAUUCACAUCACCACUCAUGACCCCCGAGUGGAGAUCGUGAAGUACAUCUCAGCCCCAGAGAAGACGCAGCGGGGUGAGAGCCUGGCCUGCCAGACAGAGCCAGAGCCAGCUCCCCAACCUGGCGUCGUGGUCCCCCAACUGACGGUGCCCACCACCAUCCCACCCUACUCCACCAACCUCCAAAUAGUGAGCACAGGCCCCCUGGACCCCCACACUGUCCGGCAGCAGACCCUGGGCAAGUUUGAAAAGAAGAAGCCAGAUCCCCUGGAAAUUGGUUACCAAUCCCAUCUGCCAGCCGAAUCUCUCUCCCAGCUGGUGACCCGCCAGCCACCCCGCUCUCCCCAGGUCCUCUACUCACCUGUCUCACCCUUGUCCCCCCAUCGCCUCCUGGAGUCCUCCUUUGCCACCAGUGAGCGGCUGAACAAGGCCCACGUCCCCCCACAGAAGCACUUCACCACCGACUUAGCCCAGCGCCAGCAGACGCUGCCGCGCCCCAUCAAGACCAUGCAGCGCUCCCUGUCUGACCCCAAACCCAUCAGCCCCACGUCUGAGGAGGCCGGCAAGGACAGGUUCUCCCUCUACCAACACCCGCUGCUCCCCAGCUCACAGGUGGGGGGGCUGCAGUCAAGCUCGCUGGCACGCAAGGUGAAGCGGACACUGCCCAGCCCACCACCUGAGGAGCCCCACGUCCCCCUGGCCAGCCCAGCUGCCUCCCAGCUCUACCUGAGCAGCCUGGCUCCCAAGGCCACCGCGCCUGUCACUAAGGCCAGCCUACUGAAGGAGCUGGACCGCGACCUGAGGUUGGUGGAACAUGAGGCCACCAAGCUGCGGAAGAAGCAGGCAGAGCUGGACGAGGAGGAGAAGGAGAUCGAUGCAAAGCUGAAGUACCUGGAGCUGGGCAUCACCCAGCGCAAGGAGUCGCUGCUGAAGGAUCGGGUUGGUGGGCGGGACCACCCCUACCUGCGCUACCCCGGGGAUCGCCGCGACUACCUGUCAGACAGCGAGCUGCACAGCCUGCGCCUCGCCGCCUACGACAGCGCCGGCCUGCGCCCUGCCGGGCAGUACCCCGACUACACCGCCGCCGCCGCCGCCGCUGCCGCCGCCGCCGCCUCCUAUGGCGCCUACCCGUACCCUGCCCCGCAGGGCCCCACCGCCUUCCCACCACCGCGCCUCCAGCACCCCCAGUACCCCACAGCCAGCACCUCACAGGAUGGCUUGCCGGCAGCUCCACUGCCCACCUUUACUUCGCCUGGUGGCUUCUCGGCCCCCGGCACCGCAUACCCAGAGCUGGGCACCCCAGCCCAGCCAGGCUUCCAGCCCCAAAACCCCUACCAAGCCCCGAGCGCCUUCGCUGGGGCAGCCACCGUGCCGGCGGCCCAGCCCACCCUCUACCAGAGCCCAGCAGAUGUAGCUGGCGGGCACCAGAAGCCGCGGCAGACUUCUCUGGCUGACCUAGAACAGAAGAUCCCCACCAACUACGAGGUCAUUGGUGCGGCCACCAGCUCCUCUGCCGUGCCUGACGUCACCUUCAGCACGGCACCGGCGAGCGGUGGCUAUGAGCAGUACAAGGCACCUGAGACCCGGCCAGCUGAGAGAACCAGCACGGCACCGGGCCCCUCAGCCAGCUACUCUUCCGAGUCCCUCUACACCAGUCUGGAGCAGAACAUCCCCCGUAACUAUGUGAUGAUCGAGGACAUCAGCGAGCUCACCAAGGAGAGUCCAGCAGUGGAUGGGCAGAAAGCAGAGCCAGUGGGCACGAGCACCGAUAGCCGCCACAGCAGAGAGAAGAGUGAUCUAGGGGACACCGAGGGCUCCGGCCGUCCCUGCUGCUACACCAAAGCUGAGGAGGAGUCUGAGGAGGACAUCUAUGAUCACCAUGGCUCCGACCAUCGUGGGAAGAACAGCUACUACCGGGGCACAGAAAGCAAUGGCAGGGUGUCAGGGAGCUCCACCAGCUCGAGCUACUACUAUGGGGACAGUGAGUACCGGCACUCCUCACGGAUGGACAAGCACAGCUCUGGCACGCCACUACCGAAGCAUUCAUCCAAGAACUUGGCACCUGCUGUCAUCUCCUCCAAGCGCAGCAAGCACAGGAAGCAGGGCAUGGAGCAGAAGAUCUCCAAGUUCUCCCCCAUUGAAGAAGCCAAAGACGUAGAGUCAGACCUGGCCUCCUACUCAACAACCACCUCAAUUGGCAGCAGCAAUGUGGCCUCCAGGGCCAAGAAGAUGCAGGAUGAGAUCACCUAUGGCCUGAAGAAGAACGUCUAUGAGCAGCAAAAAUACUACGGUGUCUCCAGCCGGGAUCUGGUGGAUGAGGAGGAGCAGGUCUACUCUUCCAGCAGCAGAACUCGCUCCUCUGGCUAUGGGGUGGAAAAGUCCUCCAGCCGGGAGAUGGGCGGCCGGAGCAAGUCCUAUGAGCGGGAGAGCAUGGAGCGCUCCCAGAAAGUCAGCUCCAAGCCCUCAUCCCUCAGCAUGAGCCAGAGCCGUGGGCGGGCGCCCAUGCGCUCGCAGCCCUCGGAGGAGGAGAGCCCUGUCAGCCCCAUGGGGAAGUCAAUGGGGGGGUCACGCACUGCAGGAGGGCCGGGCCCCCAGUCAGCGGGGGACCCCUGCUCCCAGUUCUGCUCCAGCCACUCGUUGCCUGAUGUGCAAAAGCACAUCAAAGACGUGCCAAGGAGUCACUCGUACAAGCACGAGGAGGGCUACGGCAUGGAUGAUGCCCAUUGCGUUGUCUCGGACAGCGAAGCCUAUCAUUUGGGUCAGGAGGAGACAGACUGGUUUGAUAAGCCCAGGGAGGCGCGGGCAGAGAGGGUCAGGCACUACGGUGGCCACUCUUCCUCACAGAAGAGACCCCCAGUUAAGCACACCUACCACGAUUAUGACGAGCCCCCCGAUGAGGACCCGUGGCAGCACGACGACUACCCCCAGCACCGCGAGCACCGGCACCACAGGGAGUACGAUCGCCACGCUGGCUCCUCCCGGCACGCCAGCGACGAGCCCCCACGCCGCUCAUCGAAGCAGCACCCACGAGAAUCUGGCCGCCAUGAGCCCCGUGGCCAUGGGCCUUCAGCCGGCCCCAAGAAGGCGCAGCAGCCCGAGUCCCGUGCGCCUUACGGCCCCAGCUCCGCUGAUUACGCCCCGUCAUCCCGCCCCGCUGCUCACCACCAUGGCACUGAGACCCCCAAGGCACAGAAACCUUCCCAGCCGCAUGGGCCGGCCACGCCAGCGCCGAAGCAGGAGCCCCUCACACACCCACAGCAGCCGGCGGCCAGGCAGCAGCAGGCAGGGCAGCCGGCAGCGCGGCAGCAGCCGGCAGCACGCCAGGCUGCCCAGCCAGCAAGCUCGGCGCAGCCCGAGACCAGGGGCAGGACACAGGGACCCCCCUCAUCCCGGCCACCGCAGCAGCAGCCAGGGCCGGCCCAGGCAGCAGGGAAGGCACCAGCCACACUCCAUGCACAGCCGGGCGGACACCCAGCACCGGCGACAAAAGUGGAGCCGACAGACACGUCCAAACCUGCAGCAAAAGUGCCACAGCAGGCGGGGAGAGCGCCAUCAGCACAGCCCCUGGGAGCAGCAGCAGACAGCAAGGCCGGUCCAAGGGCGGCUGGGCCACGUGGUCCCGCAGGCAUGGCCACAGGGCAGCCUGGCGGGGAAGGAGAGAGUGUCUUCUCCAAAAUCCUGCCAGGGGGGGCAGCGGAACAAGCAGGCAAACUGACUGAAGCGGUGUCAGCUUUCGGCAAGAAGUUCACUUCGUUCUGGUGAGAGAACGGCACAAGGAGUUUGGGAAGUGAGUGGAGAUUUGAGUCGUUGCAGUG